AUGUUAACAAAAUGUGUUCCAUGGAAUCAGAAACUUAUGUUUUGUGCUACUGAACAUCAUUAUAUAACAUCAGUAAUCGAACAAUUCAUAGAAGAGAAGAAAAUUGGUAAUUUCGAAAUCUGGACAUAUAUUCAAUUUGAAUUGGAUAAAAAUGUUUUUAUGGAAAAAUUGAAAACAUUUCCAACAACAGUCCCACAAGGGGUUGAAAUGCGACCAUUGAAACCAGAAGAUGCAUACUUCAUUAUCGAAGCUGACGAUUACAAAUCAUCUGAUUUGUAUUCCGUAGCUCAAAUUCAAUUUUGUAUUAAAAAAUUAUGCAGCGUGGAUAGAUAUACUGCUGGUUGUUCACCUGUACUCGAUUCAACACAAAUUAAACAACUUGAUCUAACUAUACAACAAAACAGAUCAGCUACUGCCGCUGAAUUAUUAUCACUCACACACUCCAACACUACCGAACGCACGAUACAACGUUAUCGUUUAUUUCUUGGUAAUUGCCCUCGUAAGUCUCUUGUUAAAGUCAAGAGCAACAACAGAAAUGAACAAAAACGAUAUCAAUUUGCUGCAGCACAUUAUCUUGUUAACAUCAAGAAGUAUAUUUUUGAAGAUGAAUGUUAUGUGGGUUUAAGAAAUACACAACAGAUUUUGUGGUGUAAACGAGGAGAAUCAACACCCAAGAGAGAAAUAUCAUCUUUGCGAGCACAUGUGAAUUUAAUUGGCUUUAUUUGGUGGAAUGGUUAUGUCUUCUGCCGAUUUGAUAAUUGA